AUGAUUGAUCAGUCGCAGUCAUGUCCAAGCUGCAGGUCUAGCAAGUACAGUAACCCUCAAUUAAAAUUGAUGGUUAACGUAUGUGGUCACUCACUAUGUGAAAACUGCGUCGAAGUGCUUUUUGUUCGAGGUUCAGGUUUAUGUGCUCAAUGCAAAACUCCUAUACGCAAAAACAAUUUUCGUUAUCAGCUGUUUGAAGACCCUUUGGUGCAAAAGGAAAUAGAUAUUCGCAAAAAGCUACUGAGCGAUUUCAAUAAACGUGAAGAUGAUUUUGACUGCCUAGAAGAGUACAAUCUAUACCUAGAAAAAAUAGAAGACCUGAUUUACAAUCUUACAAACGAUAUAAGUGUCGAAGAAACAAAACGCUAUAUUGAGAAUUAUAAGAAGGAAAAUAAAGAGAUAAUUAAGAAAAACCGAACUAAACCUUCCUCUUCAAUGGCAUUUUACGAUUCUGAGUUAGAACGUGAAUCUAUUUUGAGGGAAAAGCGAGAACGUGAGGAAGAAGAGGAAGGCGGAACUCUAAAAGGAUUAGAAAAUACCCGUGGUUCUGAUGAUCCUAAUGGUCCAAUGACAACUGAAUCUGAAGGAGAAAGACGGAAGAACAAUAUUCCCCCAACACCCCGAACAAAUAUGCUGAUUCCACCUACCUCAGCUUUUGGACGUCGAGCUCCUGCGACAUUUAUCCCACCAUCAGUGUACGCCCCUCCUUCAUACAUACCACCACCUACACAGGCUCUGGGGCAUGCACCCAGCUCUGCGUUCCCAGUACGUCCAAUAGUCACUCCUGUGAGCGGUUUUAUGGCUCCACCUUCCAUGCUUCCUGUAGCUCCGCCCACCGGUAGUCUCUCAAACAACUGGAUCAGUGGAACACACCACAUGAUACAUCUUCCUCCCACAGCUUCGCUUCGGAAACAACAGGACACUGUUUUGAUUCCUAGUCAAAACACAAGUCAUAACGCAAAAAACCAUACAUCACCACUUCAGUUUGUAUAUGAACCUUAUGUAGUCGAAUUGUGUGGUCCUAUGCCACCACUUUCAAGUAAUCGGCAUAUUCGUUGGAUUGAUGUUCUUCAAAUAUAUGAAAAAACUGUAAUUGUCAAACUCAACCAUCAAGCACAAACACCAGCAAAUACUUCCGAAACCAAGCCUAAAUCAGAAACAGAAGGGGAAUUUAACGAUGCAGAUUGUGGCAGAACUGCUGUUGAUAUUAAAGCAAAUUACAAGACAGAAGAAAGUUUCCUAAGUGAUGAUGUGAAAAAAGAGUACGAUAGUGAUGACAGUAACCAUACCGAUAUUAAAAUCAGUGCUUUAAAGGUGGAAAACUCUUGUCCGACAACUAAGUCUUUGGGCCUUUCUUGUCAGCUAACUGCUGGGGCUUGUGGUAUUUCACCUGCUGUUUUUCUAGAAAGGUGUUUGCUAGAGUCGCGUUGUGGACUUUUCAUGUGACCCAAAAAAAGAAAUCUUAUUGAAGAUAAUUUUUGUACAUAAAUUAUUUAUUUUAGAACGAAA